AUGGCGAGCGAGGACGCGCGCGAGGACGACGACGAGGACUGCGAGGUGCGCGUGGAGGGGACGCCGAGGACGAGCGGAGGUGAGGAAUCGCCCGUGACGGCGAACGAUGAUGGAUUUGAGGAUGCAGAGGAUGGUGAUGAUGCGUGGGGGUCGAUGGCGGAGAGUCCAGGGAUGGGACGACCGGCUACGCAGACACCGCCGGUGCGAGUGUGCGCGCGCGUCGCCGCCAUCGAGGAGGCGGCGGCGAAGCUUGAGGAGGGCGCGGAGGAGGAUAUGGACGGACUUGAGACCCCGGAGCGUAAGAUGACGUCGGCACGAGAUGAUGGAGACGAAUGCGAGGACGAGGUCAACCUCGGCGGCACCCCCGAGGGCGCGGAUGAGGACGAGGAAGCCAGUCAACAGGAAGCGGCGGGAAGUCAAACGCCGCUCAUGUCACCGGUGGAUCGGUUCCGUCGGAGUAACGUCGAGCCGAGAAGUAAUAUGAAGCCUGGUGGCAUGUGGGCGUCCAUUGGUUCGCCCAUGACGGCACCGUUCGAGAAUAAAGUGCUCGGAAAUUCCAUUGAUGCCGGCGCAACGCCGUCUCGUCCGAGCGCGGCGGCAAAGAAGCGGGCAGCGAUGCGCAUGUCUCUCCCGGCGAACGUCGUUCCCAUGACCCCGAUUCCAAUCUCUCGUCAAGUUCUUGAGCGUAUCGAGUGCCUGGGUCCGUCGUUGAACAUCGUGCAGCGCUUGAUGCUCGUAGUUGGAAUCUUGCUCGACUUUUACUCCAAGACGCAGUUGGUGCGCGAACUUCAUCGCUUCGCUCGAGCGGGAUCUUGGUUGUGGUUCAGCAUGGUUUUGACGUUUUUCGUCUUCUCGGCGGCGUGUAUUACUGGAUACUGGGUGCUUCACUAUCCCAUGCCCAAGAAACCGGCGAAAGGAAGUGUGGGCAAGGACCAAAAAGUCUUUGGAUUCAGCAAGUACGAUUUCAAAGUCGUCGUCAGGCGCUUUGGUGCCGCGUGCGCGAUGUUGCAGCUCGGCACCGCCUUUGCCGCUUGGCGUGCGCUCCGAACGAAUGAUGUGCGAGCGAGAAAGGCUGAAAUGGAUCUUCGUGGGAUGCAACUCGUGGAUACCAUCUUCUUAACGCUCCCCAUGGCGACGCUCCAGGCGUACAUUGGAAUCUCGUGCUCGUCUCCCACCAGCGUCUGCCCGGGUCGGGAGGGAUUCGACAUGCUCCUGUUCCUGGCCGUCGCGGGUUCGAUCACCUCUGGUACCUUGUGUUUUGUUUCGUUAGACUUGCACGAAAAACCGCCCGCGUACUCGUGGAGAGAGUACUGGAAGAUGCACAAGGCACACCUGUCUGAAAUGAUGGCCAAGGCGUGCUACCGCUUCUUUGAGCUCGCGGCACGAAUCUGCACAAUUGGCCUUUUUGCCGCGGUCACAGGUCCGUAUGUCAUGCUUGUAUUUUUCUUCCACGCGUGCGUUAUCCUCGGUUUGUUGAAGAUCCGUCUCCCGGGCACUCACGACCGAAAGGUUUGGGAAAAGUUUUGCGAAUUGCGCGAGUUUAAAAUUUGGGGACGGACUUGGAAGUUGCCCGUCCUCGAUGACGUCAAGCUAUUGGUUGCUUGCUUGAUCUGGCCGCCGUCCUCGUACGUCUCUAACUCUACUGACCGCAAGGGCAAGUUUUGGUGGCGUUCCACGUCGUGCCCGAGGAAAUCCUUUUGGGGGCUCACACGAGAAGACGCUUUGAUUCCAUUCGCUGUCAUCAUCGGCGUUCUCGCCAUAGAGGCCGGUAUCAUGCUCAUCGUUGUCUCGCUCGUCGCCGAGGAGCACUAUUACAGCUAUUUGAGCAUCGCUGUGGCGGUCAACUUCUUGUGGAUGAUCAGCGCCGUGAACUGGAUGAGCGCCGCCGCGUUGUGGAAUCCUUUUGUUCCCGAGGGUCCGCCCUUGGGCUACCCCAGCGUCAGCGCCAUCAACAACGCGAUUGGUGGAAGGCAACUGUUCAGCGGGCUAAAGAAGACGCCGAUUAAAAGUCCUGGCGCUAGUAAUAACGUCGCACGAUCUCCUGCGCCGUUUUACCGCUCACCUUUGGAGCCGGUGAACGAAAAUAAAUUAUCGGUCGACCUGAACACGGGCGCCGAAGCAGUGGACACGCCUGAGUUUGGGCACCGAAAGACGGACAGUAACGUAUCCAAUACCUCGUCGCUAGGUCCGAGAACGACACCGGUGAUGAUCAAGGGAAGUCCCAAGCCAGUGGAAGUGUACAUCGACAUGGGUGAUGACUCAGCUGAUUUGAACGAGGAUGAUGAAAUCAACCCCAUGGUGACGGAGGCAAUCGGUGAGGAGUCCAUGUUGCGUACGAGCGUACAAUGGCGUGAUUCCAUGGAGUUGGAUCGAACUGCUUCAGGUGAUAUGGAUGUUGCCGGAAGUCAAGAUGAUUUAGAAGCAGCUCGUCAAGCCCUCAAUGCCGUCGCCGCACUGAAUACGACUGGAGAGUACGACGGUGGCUGCACGCCAAACGUCGACAUGGUGUCACCAUUGUUUGUCGAUAAAGAAAACUCUUUCAACGACACCCCAGAAAUGGCUGAUCCGUAUGGAGAUCCGUAUGGAGUGAGUCCGAUUUUGGCAAACGCCUCACCAGAGCAAGUGAGAACGUCGGGUGGAUAUUCCCCGCGUUAA